AUUCCAAUUUCCUUCGGAGUCGAACCAGCCCGCGAAGCUUUUUGAUUCGUAUUGUUCGUUCUCUGUUCUUCGGAAGCCGACUGAAUAGCUCUCCAAUGGAGGAAACCAAUAAAACCACCAAAAGAAAGCUGGUGAAGAAAUCUGAAAACAAGGUAGACAAGAAACCAAAGAAGGAGCUAGAUGAUCCCGUUCCGCCUCAACCACACGACGACGAUUCCGACUCCGAUUUGGACGAUCUUUCCAAACUCCUCCAGCCUUUCUCCAAGACACAACUAAUCGAGCUCAUUUGCAGCACUGCUCUUAAAGACCCCAAUCUUGAAGCCCAAAUUCGAGCGGCUGCCGACCGCGAUGUCACUAACCGCAAAAUCUUUGUUCAUGGCCUCAGUUGGGACACGACCCGAGAAACCCUAAUGUCAGUUUUUGAAUCUUUUGGUGAAAUUGAAGAUUGCAAUGUGGUUAUGGACAAAAAUACAGGGAAGGCUAAGGGAUACGGGUUUAUUUUGUUUAAAUCCCGGCAGGGUGCGACUAAGGCGUUGAAGGAACCUAGGAAGAAGAUUAAUAACCGGAUGACUUCGUGUCAAUUGGCUUCUUUGGGUUCGGUACCGCCCCCGCAAAGCCAUGAGAUUGUCUCGCGGAAGAUUUAUGUCGCUAAUGUGCACCAUAACGUGGAUGCUGAGAGGCUUAGGGCUUUCUUUGCGAAGUUUGGAGAGUUAGAGAUGGGUCCGAUAGGGUUUGAUCCUGAGACAGGGAGAUCGAGAGGUUAUGCCAUUUUUAUUUAUAGAACGAAUGAAGGUGCGAAGAAGGCUCUUGAGGAGCCACACAAAGUGUUCGAAGGGAACAAAUUGCACUGCCAGAGGGCGUCUGAGGGGAAGAACAAGAAUCAAAAUUCGACGCAGGCAUCGAAGAGCUUGGGGCAAAGUCAGCCGUCGGUUAUGGCGGCCAUGGCCGCAGCUCCAAAUUUGCAAUUGUUCGCUCAACAUCCGAGCCUUAAUCCUAUGUAUGGUGGAUAUGGGAACCCAGCUUUGGGAGGUGGAAUGUUGAACCAAGGAGUAGUUCCCAUGAGUCAAGUGGGUCCGAUUGGUAGUUCUGUUGGGGCUGGCAUAGGUUUGAGUGGUUACAGUGGGGGGUCGUAUGGCUUAAGCCAAUUAGGUGCUGGUGGUUCGUCAUUGCUAGGCUCUUAUGGCCCUGGUUCGUCAUCACUGAAGGGGUUGCCGCACAUUUACUCAAGCUCAAUGCUUGGUAAGACGGUUUCUGAAUCGGGUCAGACGGCUGCUGGUGGAUCUUACGGUGGAUACACGUCACAUUUGUGGCCAGAUUAUUAGUUUGCGUUGUCUUAUAUCUUUUUAGAUGCUUGGGAAUCCAUAUUUGCGUUUGAGGUGCUGCUGAACUUGUGGAUGAAUGAUCCUGUACUGUACUUUUGGGAGAGUUUAUGUUAAGAGCUUCAUUUGGGCUUUGAUACCUUUUUCCCACAAACCCCUUUCGUCUCUUUUCACUUUUUUUUCCUUCUUUUUUUCCUUUUCUCCAUUCCUCCCCACUUUUUAGUUGUUUUAUGUAGUAAGAACCUGCUGCUGGGCAAUAGUCAUCUUACGUUUUAUACUUCACCUUUGUCAAUAUUAUCACUUUUAAUAUUUUUGAAGUUUUUUUUAUACAUAUAUUCUUUUUUUGUU